GGCGGGGAGCCACCGGGGCCCGGCGCAUGGCGGCGGGGGCGGCGGGGAGCAUCACCACGCUGCCGGCGCUGCCCGACGACGGGGGCGGCGGCGCCUUUCCCCCCGGGCACUUCAAGGACCCCAAGCGGCUCUACUGCAAGAACGGCGGCUUCUUCCUGCGCAUCAACCCCGACGGCAGGGUGGACGGCGUCCGCGAGAAGAGCGAUCCGCACAUCAAACUGCAGCUUCAAGCAGAAGAAAGAGGAGUGGUAUCAAUCAAAGGUUUAAGUGCAAACCGGUUUCUGGCUAUGAAGGAGGAUGGCAGAUUGCUGGCACUGAAAUGUGCAACAGAAGAAUGUUUCUUUUUUGAGCGUUUGGAAUCUAAUAACUAUAACACUUACCGGUCACGGAAGUACUCUGAUUGGUAUGUGGCACUGAAAAGAACUGGACAGUACAAACCCGGACCAAAAACUGGACCUGGACAGAAAGCUAUCCUUUUUCUUCCAAUGUCUGCUAAAAGCUGAUUUGCAGGGUGGGUUCUGAACGUAUGCCACACUACACUUUAAGAGGCAGAGUUUCUUGCUCCUCACCAAACUAGUAAAAAUAGAAGCUGUUGUUUGCUGAUAUCAGCUACUUUUGCAGAAAGGUUAAAACA